AUGGCGUCAUCGCAAAUACGACAAUUUGCUACACUAAUAGAUCAGUUGCCCUGUGAAUCCGAUGAUUUUAAUUUAAUAGGAAAUUUAGAAGAUUACAACAAAUGCUUCGAAGUACCUACACAUAAUAAUAUUAAAAAUUAUGGUUCUUUUCCACAAUUUAAUUCAAAAAUAGGUGAUUAUAUAAAUACCAUAUCAUCUAACAGUGAAAUUAAUUUAAAAUGUAAAAAAGGAAAUAAUAAAAAAAAUUAUAAUGGUAGCAUUAACAAAAUUUCAAAUUUGGAAAAUCCAAAUAAUUCAAAAAAUAAAUUCAAUGAUGGAAAAAAAUUAAGCCAUUCCAAUUUGAAAAAUUCACCAAAAAGUUCGUCUAAUUCACAUAACAAUAAUUAUCAAAAUAAACAAAUUAAUAAAAAAAAAUCAAAUGAUGAAAAUGGUACUAUAAAUAAAAAUAACAAAAAUGGAAACAAUAAAAGUUUCAAUAAUAAGAAUAAUGCUAGCAACGGUAGUAAUACUGAUGAAAAUAGCAUCAAUUCAUUACUUUAUCACACUACAGUGCUUAAAAAUGAAACCGAUAUUUGCUCAAAAAAAGAUAUAAAUAGUUGUAUGAAAGAAAUAAGGUGUAAAAAUUCUAUAAGUAAAAAGGAUUUUCAAAAUAAAAAUACUGUUUGUAAAAUUAAUAAUGUAAUAUUAAACGAAAGGUAUGAUAAUGAUUCAUCAAAUAAAUGUCCUUCUACAAAUGUCAAAAUCGGCCAUAAUAAUGAUCUCAAUAAUGAAAGUAUUGAAUGUAUAAUGGUAAAUAUUCCUGAAAAUAAAAAAAUUAUUAAUUAUAAUGAAGAUGGCAAUUAUGGACAUUUUGAUAAAUAUGAAAAAUCUAGUGAGUAUGCAAACGAUGAUAAUGGAGAAAGUUACAAUAAUUUUGGUAACGGUGGUAAAUGUGACAAUGAGGAUGCUUCUAUGUACAACUUUAGUAACACUAUAAACGAUAAGACAUAUGAAGAUGCUGAACAAAAUAUUAUUUAUAGAUAUAAUACCAAUUCAAAUGUUGCGCAUUGCAAAAAUCAUAAAAAUAACCAAAGUAAAACAAAUUUAAACAGUUUUAAAACGUCGCUUUAUACAAAUAAGGAAAAUCAACAUAGUGAUUUACAAAUGGAUAGUACAUUUUUUAAUAAUGAAGGAAAUGGCAACGAGAUAAACAAAAGCGAUAUUAUUAUAGACCAUAUAAAUCACGAUGAUUUUGAUGAUAAGCCCAACUCAAAAGAGAUGUCUAAUGCAAACUCUAUUGUGAUAUACUAUAAAGAUUUUUGCGAUAUAUUAAAAAAAAAUGACGAAAUGAAUAAAAAGAUAUUAUUAUCAAAAAAAGCUAAGAUAAUUAAAAUUGAACCUAAUAAGUCCUUAAUUAUAUUCCCAAUAAAUAUGCAUGAAUAUGGAGAUAAAUAUAUUGCCGUAAACCAAAAUGAUUUAUUAGAUUAUAUAGUAUCAUCAAUUGAAAUAGAUAAAGAUGAUAAUAAUAUAUCCUCAUUAAAAAUAAGAAAUUAUCAAAAAGAAAAAGAGCUACAAAAUAUAAAAGCAGCUUAUAGCAUGCAAACAACAAAUAUACAUUAUUUAAUAAAUAGAGUCAUAUUUAAAGAAUGCGAAUAUGAAAAUUUAAAAAAUAUAAAUUUAACUUUAGAACAGGAAAUAAGUAAACUAAUUCAAGAAGUAAAUUAUUUAUUAAUGUUAAAUAAAGAUGGAUUAUAUAUGCAAAAACUUUUUAUUGAUUAUAAAUGUAAAUGUGUUUUAAAGUUACAACAAUUACAACCUUUGUUAGGUGAUUAUUAUUUAGAUAUAUUUAAUUGUAUAACUUCAUGUAGGACAUUAGGACAACUAAGUAUAUGGAUACCAUCCUUUGAGAUGAAAGAUAAUGGAUCAUUAGAAAAUAUUGCAAAUAGUUUAAUAAAUAUUUUAUUAAAUGGUUUAGCUGCUCCAAUAAAUUCAUCCCCCCAUUACUUUUAUAAUAGCAAAAACAAAAAUGAUAGUAAUGACAAUAGUAAAGAAAAAACCGGAAAAAAACAAUUUUUGAAUAAAUCAAUUUCCUUUCAUUCGGAAGAAGAUAUAUUUCUUAAUAAUAUGACAAAGGGAAAAACUAGUGAUAAUUAUUUAGUUAACAAUUUGAAUAAUCCUGAUGUUAUAAGGGGAAAUAGCUCACAAUUAUGUAAUUGUUAUUCCUUAUCCUUGAAUAGUGAAUCUUCUUUUUUAGGAACAGAAGAAUUAUAUUUUAAUUCUUCAAAAUUCCCAUCUAUGCAUUCGGUUAUAUUAAAAAAUCCGAAUGACAAACAAAACCCUACGAAAAAUGAAGUCGAUAUAGAACACAUAUCCCAGGAAAGAAUAAUAGAUCAUCAAGGACUGAACAAAUUAAAUAGAUCUCAUACUGCCCCUGAGCAAACUUACAUAAACAAUGAAUUUUAUACUAAUAUCGAUAUCGGAAGUAAUAAUAGUCACUAUAUAUAUAAUAAUAAUAACGUUAAAAACCGAAAUAAUACACUAGAUAAACUUUUAAUAACCCAAGAUGAUAAGAAAAAUUUUAAAAGAAAGCAGCUCACACCCAAUAAUGAAAAGAAAGACAAUAAAAAAUUAAAAUGUAAAGAUAAAACUGUGUUAAAUAAUUUUUUUCAAAAUAAUAGUGAAAUUGAAAUGAUGAAAAAUCCAAAAGUUCAAAACACGGUUACCGAGGAAAAAGAAUUAGACAAAAAGGAUGAGGAUAUAAAUGAAAAAAAUGAAGAAUGA